AUGGGCACCCGCCAGACCAAGGGCUGCCCGCCCGGCGAGGCCCCCCCGGCGGCGCCCCGCAAGCGCCCGGCGCCCCGCGACCGCAGCGACUUCCUCGCCUCCCUCGUGGCCAAGUCGGGCGAGAAGUUGGUGCGGGGGGGCAGCAGCCUGGCCCCCUACCACCGCCGCGUCUGCCUCAUCCAGGACAUGCUGCUGCUGGCCAAGCAGGGCCGCCAGGAGGAGGCCACGGAGCUGCUGAGGCACCUGCGCCAGGACUUGGGAAUGGAAUCGACCUCUCUGGAUGAUGUCCUCUAUCGGUACGCCAGCUUUCGCAACCUCGUGGAUCCCAUCACCCACGACCUGAUCAUCAGCCUUGCGAGAUACGUCCACUGCCCCAAGCCGGAGGGGGAGGCGCUGGGGGCCAUGGAGAAGCUCUGCCGGCAGCUCACCUACCACCUGAGCCCCCACUCGCAGUGGCGGCGCCACGGCCUCGUCCGCAGGAAGCCCCAGGCCUGCCUGAAGGCCGCGCUCAUGGGCAAGCCACCGGACAACACGGUGGACCUGUCGGGCAUCCCGCUGUCGCCCAAGGAGCUGGAGCGCGUGGCGGCCUACCUGGAGCGCAGCGCGGCGCACGUGGACGCCGUGGAGCUCUGCUUCACCGAGCUCACGGACGAGAUGCUGCUGCAGCUGCUGCCCGCGCUCGGCGCCCUGCCCCGGCUCACCACGCUCUCCCUCAACGGCAACCGCCUCACCAAGGCCGUGCUGCGCGACCUCACUGAGGCCCUCAAGGACCCCGCCAGGUUCCCCAGCGUCACGUGGAUCGACCUGGGCAACAACGUGGACAUCUUCUCCCUGCCGCAGCCCUUCCUGGUGGGCCUCAAGAAGCGCUGCCCCAAGCAAGGCAACCUGCCCACCAUCUUGGAGUUCGGCGAGGGCCAGCCCGGCGAGCCCGAGGGACACGAAGGCUCCGCUGAGAGCCCCGAGGAGCCGCAAGGGCUCGAGCGCCUCGGCUCGCGGUCAAGGGAGCCUGCGCUGCCGCAGCACCGCGGCGCGGGGCAGGGGGCUGCGGCUGCGCAGACGUGA